AUGUUGAGACAUUACCAAGGUAUGCGACGCUGUAUGGUGAAUACUGCCCAUUUGGCGGCUACUGGUCAAUCCUUCAAACUAGUAGGGCCCAGAUUGGCUCACCAAUUAGCGUUCCAGAAUCGUAAUGCCCUUCAACCUCUUCAGCCAUUGGAAGAGUUCCAUCACACUCUUUCCACUUUGAGACUGAAAGAUGACCCAAAGAAGGAUAUUGUGGAAAAUGAGGUUGAUAAAGAUCAAAAUGAAGAUAAGGAGCAGCCAGACAUUGAAAACAACAAUGAAAAAGAUCCUUCUAAGGAAAGAGAUCCUGUGGAUAAGUCCAAGAAAGAGUCUUCGGUGAAACGUACAAAAUUGGCUCCAGAAAGCAGCAGCGGUAUUAGUACUGCUGCUCCACCUUCAGGUAAUGAUGAUGGAAAACCUAAAAAGAAAUCAGCAGCAGACGAGCUACCAGAGGUAUAUCCCCAAAUUAUAGCCUUGCCUAUCUCUCGAAGACCGCUAUUCCCUGGUUUCUAUAAAGCCGUGAUUAUCACCAAUGUCAACGUGAUCAAGGCCAUAAGAGAAUCGCUUGAUAAGGGCUAUCCAUACAUUGGAUGUUUCCUGUUCAAGGAUGAGAAUGCGGACUCUGAUAUCAUUACUAAUAAAGAUGAAGUACAUGAAAUUGGUGUUUUGGCCCAGAUCACAUCCAAUGUAUUUAGUAAAGAUAGCGAAACUGGCGUAGAAUCGUUAACCACUGUGCUCUACCCUCAUAAGAGAAUUCGGAUUGACGAAUUGUUCCCUCCAAAAGAGGGGGAGGAUUUGAAUAAGGACGUUGAGUCUGCCAAAGUCGUCCCAUCCGAAAGGCCUACCAAACGUAGUCGCAAGGAAAUUAUUCAAGGUAUUACUGGCGAGAAAGAGGGAGAUGGUCCAAAACGUUCAAUUGAGGACGAAGAAGAAGAUUUGGUUUCAGACGAAGCUCAAGAGGUUACCACCGAAAAGGAUGAGAAUCCUACAGAAUUUUUGAAAAACUACCCUAUAACCUUGGUAAAUGUUUCAAAUGUGAAUGAUCUGCCAUAUGAAAGAGACAGUCCCGUUAUCAACUCCUUGACUGCCUCAAUCUUGGAAGUUCUCAAAGAAAUGUCCAACAUGAAUAAAAUGUUUGCCGACCACCUGGCAACAUUCAGCGCUUCAUUACAAAAAGACGUUUUUCAAUGUCCCGAAAAGCUUGCCGACUUUGCGGCUGCAGUAACAGCUGGAAAUGAAAACGACCUACAAGAUAUUCUCAACUGUUUAGAUAUUGAGAAAAGAUUGGAGAAAUCUUUCACCAUCUUGAAAAAAGAACUUAUGAAUAAGGAGUUACAAAGAAAGAUUGAAAAAGAUAUCGAAGAACGUAUGGCGAAGAGACACAGAGAGUACCACUUAAAUGAGCAACUCAAGUGGAUCAAAAAGGAACUGGGAAUUGAUGACGGUCGGGAUAAAUUAAUUGCAAAGUAUAACGAUAGAGUGAAGGACCUCAACAUGCCUGCAGAUGUUAUGAAAGUCUACGAGGAUGAGAUAGCCAAGCUCCAGACUUUGGAGCCAUUAAUGUCUGAAUUUACUGUUACGAGAAACUAUCUGGAUUGGUUAACUCAAAUUCCCUGGGGCAAGCAAUCUAAGGAUGAGUACAAUAUCAAAAAGGCUAUCACCGUUCUUGAUGAUGACCAUUACGGUCUCAAGGACGUCAAGGAUCGUAUUCUAGAAUUCAUUGCUGUUGGUAAGCUUUUGAACAAAAUCAACGGUAAGAUUAUCUGUUUUGUUGGACCCCCAGGUGUAGGAAAGACUUCCAUUGGUAAAUCUAUUGCCAGAGCGUUGAACAGAAAGUUCUAUCGGUUUUCAGUUGGUGGUCUAAGUGAUGUCUCAGAGAUAAAGGGUCACAGAAGGACGUAUGUUGGUGCUAUUCCUGGUCGUGUUGUUCAGGCUUUAAAGAAAACUGAGACUGAAAAUCCUCUUAUCUUAAUUGAUGAAAUAGACAAAAUCUCCCAUACUCAUAGUGUUAAUGGAGGAGAUCCCUCAUCUGCUCUUUUGGAACUCUUGGAUCCUGAGCAGAAUAACUCAUUUUUAGAUAACUACAUGGACGUUCCUAUUGAUUUGUCAAAAGUUUUAUUUGUUUGCACUGCCAAUCAGUUGAACACUAUUCCAGGCCCUCUGUUGGAUAGAAUGGAAGUUAUUGAAAUUUCUGGUUACAUUGCUGAUGAGAAGAUUAAAAUUGCUGAAAGGUACUUGGCUCCUGAAGCCAAACAAAGUGCCGGUCUCCAGGAUGUAAACGUUGACCUUACCGAGGAAGUUAUUCAAAGUUUGAUUAAGAAUUACUGUCGUGAGAGUGGUGUCAGAAAUUUGAAAAAGCAAAUUGAGAAAAUUUAUAGAAAAGCCGCAUUGAAUGUAGUGAGAGAGCUUGGUGAAGAAGAAACUGAAAGAACUGAGGUAGAGCCCGAGGAAGAGACUGCUUCUUUAGCUAAUCCUAAGAUCGCUGAUGAAACGGAACAAUCUUCUCAAAGUCAGAGUUCAAAUGACGAGUCCAAGCCUGAUGUCAAGACUGCGAAGGAGGUGAAAGAAUCUCUUCCCCAGAUAAAGGUUCCUGAAUCUUUCAAGAUCGAAAUCACUCCUGACAACUUAAAGGAUUAUGUUGGGCCUCCAGUUUAUACUUCUGACCGUCUCUAUGAGACAACUCCACCUGGUGUUGUAAUGGGCCUUGCCUGGACUUCAAUGGGAGGAUCUUCUCUCUACAUCGAAAGUGUCUUGGAACAGCCGUUGAGUCACGACUCAACGCCAAGAUUAGAAAUCACAGGACAAUUAGGAGAUGUUAUGAAAGAGUCUUCCAGAAUUGCCUAUUCUUUUGCAAGAAUGUUUAUGACUAAAAAUUAUCCAGAGAACAAGUUCUUUGAAAGGGCUAAAAUCCAUCUCCAUUGCCCCGAAGGUGCUACGCCAAAGGAUGGUCCUUCUGCAGGUGUGACUAUGACAUCUUCUCUGUUAUCUCUUGCUUUAGAUAAGUCGCUUUCUCCUACCAUCGCUAUGACGGGUGAAUUGACUUUGACUGGAAGAGUUCUUCGUAUUGGAGGAUUGAAAGAAAAAUCUAUUGCCGCUAAACGUUCGGGUGUCGACACCAUCAUUUUCCCUAAAGACAAUCUCUCUGACUGGAAAGAACUUCCUGAGAACAUCAAGGAAGGCUUGACUCCAGUGCCUGUUGAAUGGUACCAUGAGGUUUUUGAGAAGGUAUUGCCCGGAAUUUCAGUCGCUGAUGCCAGCAAUGUUUGGAAAGCCGAGUUUGACAAAAUCAAGGAGAAGGAAGCGGAGAAGGAAAAGUCUGCUUAG